AUGACUGUAACUAGAGUGAUGCUGAAACAGCAAUGCCAAGAAACCACAGAGCGCUUCAAGAGUCCGACCAAAUUCAAGAUGAACAGAUGUCCUACGAAUAUUAUAGUAAGAGUUCUCAUACUUGCCUCGCUGCCUUAUAGUUCCACUCUUAACCUACCAAGCGGGGACCCUGCACCUGGCAGGUCGCCUGGACCGCCUAUUAACAUAAUCAAUGAAAAUAUAGAAAGGGUUGGUGAUAAAUUAGAAACUAAUAUAAAAAUACCAAUCGACGAUACUAUAUACGAUGAAGUGACGACGAACGACGAGGUCGCGGCCACAACGGUUAGUGAAGCGAGUGUAAGUGAAAGAAUAGUUGGCGAUGCUUGUGCCUUCGCCCGAAUCCCGAGUGACAGUGAAGACAUUGUGACUCUGAGUGAACGGAAUAGUGAUAUCAACAUUACAUUCACUCAUUCGGUCUUCGAGGCUGAGGAACUGGUCAGGGGCUUUGAUUAUGAUGUUCAUCUCCAAGUGAACCAACCGACGUUAAGGGACUACGUUCUUUACUCGAUAGUUGGUAACUUCAUCCGAGGUAACUUCACUCCGACCAGCUUCUCUGAGAGACCCUGCAGGGAUGAAGAGCCUCUCCCCUACUUCAAGCCCAAACAUGCGAGAGCCGUGCGUUCGAAGCACUCGAAGACCAAAUGGCAUGAUGAUAGUGACAGUUAUAGGACGAGGGGUGACAGUGAUUUUGAUGGUUACUAUUUUAGACCAAAAUUUCUAUCGCGAGUGGAACGUUCGGUUUACAAGUUCGGCAAAAUGAGAUACAGGUUCCUACCGUCGGCAAUCGUGAGCGGGCCAUUACGAGACAGGAGGUCUCUAACGUUGCAAUGGUCUCUGAAUGAUGCUUCACAUUUAGAGAGAAAAGAAACUAGUGUCGUCUUUAGAUUACGUUAUAGAAAAACAACGAGUGCCACCAUAUACCAAGUGUUCUUUACUAAAACUUUAAGAUUAGAUUGUGUGAUACGUGUGCGAGCAGUUCGGGCAGGUCGUGUUCACUCCGGUUACCUCCCAAGGAGUCACGGCUGCAAACUGCUCUUCCCCUUACCCUCUCCAAAAAACGCUCUUUUAGUCGAGCUACACAAGCUAAAUGUACCAUGUUCCAGUGGUUACUUAAGAUUUGCUCCCGGUUUUCCACCAGUAUGUGGAAAGCUGGAACAGAUAGCAAUACCGAACAGAAGACAUUUAUACCAAUCCUCGAGCAAGCCGGAAAUUGAAAUCCAUGGUCGACCCACGUUCGCCGCGACUUAUCGUGUUGUAGAUCGUUGUCAUGAUGUUCUUCUAACUGAAAGAAACGGCUCGUUCGAAGUCGGCCCAACAUUCAAACUAUUUUGCUCUUAUAAAAUACACUUGCCUUAUGGAAACCGAGUUGCCUUACGCCUCCAAAUGGGAACUGGUCCAAUGGUCAAAAAGAAUGCAGACAAUUUUAAUAUUAUUCAUGAAGACGGUCAUAGCUUUUGCAAAGGUAUGGAAUUGAACCUAGUAGAUGGUGAUUCUAGAUGGAAACAUUGCUCACAGCCCGGGGAUCCGUUGCGAAGUGUACAGAUAAUUUCUGAAAGAAAUUCCGUCAGGCUUAAUAUAAGUAUUUUAGCAAAGAAAAAUUCUUCAGCAAUGUGGUUAAAAGUAUGGUGGAUGGAUAAACCUAUAGAGGAAGUCAUAGGACAAUGUGAUUUUGGUUGGGUCGUGUCCGGAGAUUUUUGUGUUACCUCUGUGAGAGAAACAAAAAGCUCGUGGCGACAAGCUGAGCUCGAGUGUGUUCGACUCGGCGGUCAUCUUGCAAGCAUCCUUAAUGAACGUCAGCAACAAAUUAUGGACCAACUACUUAUUCACACACCAGGAGCCGGCGUGGAUGACGUCUAUUGGAUAGGUGCCACCGACUCCGUCCACGAAGGAGAAUUCCGCUGGUCGGAUGGACUACCCUUUUCAUAUGCACACUGGUUUCCCGGUUGGCGUAAACACGCCGGCCAACCAAACGACGAUGGAACUUCAGGGCAGGACUGUGUGGAGGCUCGACGAGAACUACCCCCGAGACCAGCUCAUCCAACCUUCAUGUGGAACGACAGAAGCUGCAGGGAGAGGAACUACUACGUCUGCGAGAGACCUGGCGUUGAAGAUCCGUACAAAGCUUCUAAAGUCCAGUGCAAUGAAUCGAUAGUGCUGUCACACUUGCACCCGCAGGCUACAAUCUCGAGCCCCGGCUUCCCUCGCCCCUAUCCCGACGACGUGCAUUGUGUUACAGAGAUCAAAGCACCGCCUGCCCACACUAUACGAUUACAUUUUGAGGAACUGCUCACCGAACACGAACCUCAUUGCAGUUACGACUUUCUGGAUAUUAUAGAGUCCGGACUGGAAAAUGUUACAGAGUACGGUCCAGUGGAAUGGAUAACGCAUGAUCAUCACUUUGGCUCCGAAAAUGAGGUUUGGGAGGAAUUGGAGACUCUUUUGCCUGAAUCGGACGCGGUGAGUGCGGGCUGGUCACGAGAAACUCAUAGCUCACGAGCGAGGCGCCUCUGCGGCGAUUGGAGCGGGAAGCUUAAACUACUGCGCUACCAAUCUCGUGGCCACGCACUGCGGCUUCGAUUUAAAUCGGACCACUCUAGACACUUUGCGGGCUAUCGAGCGAAAGUAACUCUGACUGACACACAGUCGUGUAUGGACGUGAAGCAGGUACUCUUCAACGGUUACUGCUACCUUUUCUCCGGCUACCCACAGGCUUCUUGGUCAACCGCGAAACAGGUUUGUGAAGGCCUUAACAUGCAUCUGUCCUCAAUACACACAGCGGAAGAGGAGCGCUUUAUAGUGACCGGUAUCAGACAAUCAAGCGAUUACAGCGCUGGAUCCGUUUACUGGCUCGGUUCCCGUCUAGACGAUAAUGCAAUAAGCUGGAUCGAUGGAAGCACUUUAGAUUACCAGGCCUGGCCUCCUUAUAAUGACACCGAGGAAGUUGAAGACAGCUGUUUAGGUGUUCAGUGGAAAACCUCUCCUGUACCGUCCCAGCCAUCAGGAUUGUACUGGACUCCAUACAAGUGCUCGGCCACUGGCGGCUACGUGUGCAGGAGACGCCUCACAUCAGAGCACGUGCUCAGAAAUACUACCGUCGAGGGCUCUUCGGGUACAUUAAGGAGUCCUAACUACCCCGGUCUGUAUGACAACGAUCUGGAUUACUGGGUUCAUGUAAGAAGUGCCCCGGACACACGGCUGGUUUUCGUUUUCACGUCCAUCAACUUAGAAUAUCAGAACGACUGCCUUUACGACUUUAUAGAGUUACGAGAUCGUAAAGUUAGUUCGAAGUCAUCGAGAUACUGCGGCUCGGUCGGAGAGACGAGAUGGGUCGCCGCCACCAACGAAGCGAUACUUCACUUCCAUUCCGACUAUAAUACACAAGGUGCAGGUUUCUCAGUGAACUGGUGGGCGGUCGAGCUGGCAGGAUGCCCAUCUCAGACGUUUACGUCCAAGGAAGGGAUCAUUCACAGUCCUAAUUAUCCCCAUUUUUUACUACCAGAUAUGGAUUGUACAAUCGAUAUAUUUGCUCCAGCGGGAAAAAGGGUGUACUUAAAUAUUAGUUUUUUUGAUUUCGGCUAUGGACAAUUCGAGAACGGAAUUUCGAACAAUGUAUCCGAUGUCAUAUCCGAAGACAAUUAUUUAGAAAUUCAAGUAGACUCUCAAAGUCGACCUAUAAGACCAUUUCAAAAUUCAAAAAUUUUAACCAAUGGGCUAUUCGUGUCACAAUCUGAAAUCAUGAGAAUACGUCUGAAGACCGGGGAGAACGUUACUGGGAUCGGAUUUCUAGCUCAUUUCAAGACUGUAUGGCAUUUAAAUGCUUCCCUCACGAUCAGUCUAUCGAACCCUGGUCGUCUGGCUUCUAUCAACUAUCCAGGGAUGGGUCCGUCCCGGAGUACGCUCCGCAUGCGACUGGUGGCCCCUCACGGGCACACACUCGCGGUAGCGUUCAGUUCCACUGCCCUCGUACCAGCUGGUGAAUAUCCAUGUGGAAGGGGUGCAGGCUGGAUCGAGGUGGUUGAUAGUUACACGGACAAUAAUGGCACACAGUGGACUCUUUGCGAGGCGAACCUUCGUAAAAGAGCCGUCGAGAGUGCUCCACUUGUCAUCACCUCAUAUUUACACUCACUGAUAGUGACGCAUCACUCUGGCGAAGAACCUAUGGAACUAGACGUGGCAGUCGUAGUAAAUAUUGAUGCAGAAUAUCACAAUAAGGUUCUCCUACUACCGGAUGAAACUAAUUUAGAGUCUUGUUACCCGAACCCGUGUCUUCAUGGUGGACAAUGCGCCUUUGAGGAUUCCAGAAACAUGUGUCAAUGCUUAGGAUAUUAUACAGGUGUUUUCUGUCUCCUGACUGCGUGCGAGCGAUCCCCCUGUGUGAACGGUAAUUGUUCGUUGGCGGUGGACGGGGCACUUUGUACCUGUGCUCGGGGCUGGAGAGGCAGACGCUGCGCCGAGCGCGUGAGACCUUGCGCAUCACGGCCCUGCAACCACCGAGGGGCCUGCGUUGAAAGGGACGCCGGCUUCUUGUGUCAAUGUAACCCUUCAUGGAAAGGAAAAAGAUGUGAAAUACCUAAUCCUACGCCAAAUAUCGUAGGUUUGGGUACACGAAUGAUGCAAGAACCAUUUUGGCUCGGUUUAUUCGCUGUUUUCGUGGUCCUCGGUUUUAUUGGCCUGAUUUGGUGUGGGAAAAGACACUUCCCUGAAAAGAUAGAAAAACUUCUAGCUGAAGAAGCCGACAGAUGCGCGAGACCGAGGACAAUGGCCGCGGGCGGGGGAGGGGGAGGGGCAGGAGGUGCGGGAGGGGCGGCGGGUCCAGGGCCGGGGCCGGAGGCGCGCACGCUGCUCACGCGGCUGGGUAUCCGCAAGCCAUCGAUGACGGGGGCUCACCCGCGCGCGCGCACCUUUAGUUUGGACGAUCUGUUAAAGCCGCCACACGGACGGUCUCCUUCGCCUCGUAAAAAACGCAACAAUUCUACACCAACAAAGAAAAACGCAGCGGAAAAGAAACAGAUAUUACAGCAACUUAUAAGCCCGGCUCCAGCUAAUGAUCACUCGAAGAAAAUAAGUAUGGGUGAAUUAAUACAGAUGUCAGAAAAGAGAACUCUGAGUACAGUAGAAAGUGCCCCUGCGUUUGUAGAAUAUGGAUUAGACAUUAAAGACACGUCAUUCGCUAGUGAAGCCUCAUCACCCUCCACGUCACCGUCAAUGCGUCAAGUAUCUGAUCCUAAAUUGGAAAAGAAAGUGACGUUUGCAAGAUUAUUGAACAAAGUUUCAGCCGAAAUGAGCUCGAGUUCGGAUGUUGAUAUGGUUAAUACUAUUGCAAUUCCGAUGGCCGUCAUAGCUGAUAGAACUAUAAAGGCAAAAGCAUCGAGCACUCCACCCUCACCUGGUGUAGAAGUCAGGUCCCCCCACAGUACGUCAAGUAAUCAAGGAAGCGACUCCCUAUCCAGCCUUGAUUUGACCUUGGCUAACGGUGCUAUAAAGAAAUUUUCUAGAGCACCAAAAAUAUCAAGCGCUGAUUCCAUACUCGCAAUGUUCAGAAAUUUUUCUUCGUCAACUGCUAUUGUUUCUCGAGCUUCCUCUGGUGCUAUAUCUGCAUCCAGCACACCCACAGCAUCAUCACCUCAAGACGACACCGUCGAUGCCGAUGAUCUGUCAAUAGCAUCCUCACAUAUACCUUCUUUAGCACCCGAUUCUCCUAUCUCAAGACCACACACAACUAUCGAAAUACAGGUUGUUGACCCACUAAGCUCUCAUAAAUCUUCUACGUCCGGUAAUCUCCUACAUCCUCCAUCAAUCCUUCUUGAAGUGCCCAGUAGUAUCAAUAAGUGUCUGUCUCCUAUUCGAGAACUCCCAACACCACUGCCAACUCCGCUCCCUACACCACUACCGACCCCUCUGCCAUCACCUCGAAUGCCACGAGUCAAACUGGAACAGGAUAUCAAAAAAGAUUCCGUAAUUUCUUGUAUAUCACCAAGCGAAGACGAAUUAGAGGAGAUAAGGUAUGAGAAAGCUGACAGGCCAUCAAUGGGACUGAGAUUAAAGCUUCGACAGCCGGCAGUGUGUUCUGAAACCCCAACACCGUCCACUCACGUCACGGACUCACCCAGCCCUAGUUUUACACACAGUCAGGACUCUGAGAGAGAAAUGUCACCUCUCUCUCCCGCCCCGCCCUCGCUGAGAGUUCCCGUCCUCACUAUUGAACGACCCUCACCUGGAUCCCCUCCACCGAGAAGAACCCCACCACACUUAGACUAUCAACCACCGCCACUAAUAACAGUUACAUACAACCCCAGCGAAGAAUCAGAUGAACCUAUGUCACCAAGACCACCUCCGCCAACGGCAAAUAUGUGCUAUUUGAGCCCCUUUUCGAUGUCGGCAAGAGGAGAAAGGGCACCAUCAGAAUCGAAUUUGUCAUCGUCGGGAUACAGUUCAAUGGCAAGUCCUGGCCCGUCAAGGUGUGGGUCAAGUAAUCCGUUAUGUCCAUCUGAAAUGGAAGAUCCUGGGUCAGGAGGAGGUCCUUCUUGUUUUCAAUCUAGGCGGAGACCACUCAUGAAGACGAAUUCAAGUCCAGCGGGCUCUAAUGAUGGAGGCAAUGAGAGAAGAAGAGGUAGGUCUGAUUCUGAAACACUAUCAGACGAUCCAUUAUUAGAAUCCAACGACGAAGGAAUCGGUACGGAUGAAAGAGUAGACGAUGUUCCUUCAAGUGCAAAAGAAAUGGAAACUUUGACAGUGUUAAAAGAAUGCUUAGAUAUACCACAAACAACUCUAUGCUCCCCGAGCGGUGUCACUAAAUGUACCAUCGUAAAGUGCAUAAGUGUUGAACGAGGUUUAGAUGAAAAGGCGAGUCUUAAACCGCCAAUUUUGUUCUCAGAUUGUAGUAGACCAUUGAGCCCUGUCAGUUCAAGAAGUGAGAGUCCAUUAAGUGACAAAACUGGUUUAGGUAGAUUCUCUCCCCAAUUUUACGGUAGACAACUACCUUUUACGGAUUCCGAUGGUCUUUAUGAUUUUCCAAGUUCCGAAUGCGUUAAAGGCGGUAGUUGUAAGAGUGGGAGCGCGUCUCACAGAAAAGCCGGUAGAAGAAGAGACAGGAAAACGACCAGGACAACAUCACACGAGCCCGCAGGAACUACUAAAUCAACCCUACCACACAUGCCGCACUCGAUGCAUAAUUUAUUAGAGGUGCCCUAUGGCAAUCGUGGUCGCAAAGGUGGAAGAAGGAGAUCUAGGUCUCAAGCGCCGGCUCUCGCUACCUCAUCAUCAUCUGAAGAGUCUGUGUCGAAUGCAUCCGUAGCCUCUGUGGCAUCAGCUCGAGAACUUAGACUACCAGACUUGGAAAUGCAGCCUGAGCCUGUCAGAACUAAGAAGCCGUUGAGGCGACAAAAAUGCCGAAGCUCUGAGGACACGUCAUCUAAAAUAUCAUCAAGCUUGGACCUAACAGAGGACUCGAAGAAACCGAAUAAAAUUAGCAAACUCCGGUCCAUCGGAAAUCAAAUAAGAUUUCUCCGUCGGUUAGAAAAAAGUUUAAAAAUGAAAGAAAGCUACCCGGCGAUCUCAGACGACGAAGGAGACGAGUCGUCCAGCGUGACGUCACCCUUGUUACAAGGUAGGAAGGAACUGAACCGUAUGACCGGCCACGCGACAUCUGCUCCUCUGCUGGGGGCUGCAAGACCUAAAAUCUCGCGGCAAAGACGGUACGAGAGAUCCCUUCUUAGUGAAGAGACGAGGACUUUGAGUACCGCGCCUGGCUAUGAUAACUCCGAUUGA